GAACAAGUAUACAGUAUACUUGUAUAGUUGUAAUGUUGUAUUUCAAUUCAUUCCAGUGAGGUUUAACGUUUAAGAGAUUUUAUUUUGAGGGACGAUAGAUAAAUAAAUACUAAUACCCUUUUCUUGUUCAUACUUGCAUAUCACUGAACCCAGGAAAAUGGGGUUAGGCAGUAGAUUAAAGCUAGAUCUAUGUAUCUUCAUCUUCUCAGUUGCGCUUUUUUCUUCCCCUGUUUUUUCCGAUCUAAUCCUCUCCAAGCUUGACCGUCGCAUUGAUUUGACAUCCCACAUUGUGCGAGUUACCUCCAACAUUAAGGUGGAAAAUGAUGGAAAUGAACCAAUUUCAGACUUUGUGGUUGCCUUCCCUGAUCACCAGGCAAAACAUUUGGCCUCUUUGUCAGCUUUUCACAUCGAAGGCAAAGGGAAGACAAAAAGCCGUGGAGCUAGUCUCCCUCUUAAGCCUGUUCAAUCUGAGGGUAUCCCUCAAUCUUUAAUAUCCUAUUCUGUAUCUCUACCCAAAAAACUUGUGAAGGGAGAAAGCUUAUCCUUGGAAGUUUUUGCUGUGUUCGCUCAUAUCUUGAAGCCAUUCCCAGAGAAAGUUUCCCAGGGUGAUUUUCAGCUAGUUGUAUUCCAGGAUAGUGCAUAUUAUCUAUCCCCGUAUGCAGUUAAGGUUCAAACAUUAAGUGUUAAACUGCCUGAUGCAAGAAUUGAAUCUUAUACCAAACUAGAAAACAGCAAAGCCCAAGGUUCUGAAAUAAAGUAUGGACCAUAUGAGAAUCAACCCCCUUUCUCAUAUUCCCCGGUUGUUGUACAUUUUGAAUACAACAAGCCAUAUGCAGUUGCACAAAAAUUAGUGCGUGAGAUAGAAAUUUCACACUGGGGCAAUGUGCAAAUCACUGAGCAUUAUAACCUUGUCCAUGGAGGUGCCAUUCUCAAGGGAGAAUUUUCCAGACUUGAUCAUCAAAUGAGUUCAUAUGCAAAGGGUGCUUCAUCAUUUAGCAAACUAGUGGCUAAACUACCUCCAAGGGCACAUUCAGUCUAUUAUCGGGAUGAAAUUGGCAAUAUUUCCACUUCUAAUCUGCAGAGUAAUUCAAAAAAGACUGAGCUAGAAAUUGAACCAAGGUAUCCUUUGUUUGGCGGCUGGAAAACAUUUUUUACCUUUGGAUAUGGCUUGCCCCUGAAGGAUUACUUAUUUGAGGCUGAAGGAAAGCGUUUUGUUAACAUCUCAUUUGGAAGCCCUAUUGAUGAGCUGGUAGUUGAUGAGCUCAUAGUAAAGGUUGUUUUGCCAGAAGGGUCAAGUGACUUGUCUGUUUCUAUUUCAUUUCCAGUGGAACAAGAGCAAGAGACCAAAUUAAGUCACCUGGAUAUAAGUGGUCGACCAGUAAUGGUGCUGCGGAAGGUCAAUGCAGUUCCAGAGCAUAAUCAACAUUUUCAGGUCUAUUACAAGUUCAAUUGUUUGUCCUUGCUCAGGGAGCCUUUGAUGUUGAUUUCAGGAUUUUUCUUCCUUUUUGUUGCUGGCAUUGCAUACUCUCAUGCCGACUUCUCAAUUUCUAAGAGUUCUGCCUCCUAUUUGGCAAGAGUACAGAGGGAGGAGGUGCAAACCAUAAUCCAGCAGCUUGAGAAUAUUAUCAACCGAUGUUUAGCAAUCCAUGAUAAACUGGAGGUGUCAUUGCGUGAAUUAUCUAGAACCGGUAAUGUCCAAGCUUGUAAGACAGCUCGGAAAGCCGCGGACAACUUGCUCAAAGAGCUUUCGAAGGAGUUGAAGCCCUUGCUUACUUCCUUGCAGUUGUCUCCACAGGCGACCCAAAUCUUUCCUAAGGUGGAGGAACUUGUUACAAAGGAGCGAGAAUUGCAAGAAAGGUUAAUUACUAAACAUUCAAUCGUGAUAGACUGCUACGAAAAGAAGCUGAGUGGUCGGGAAAUCGAAAACCGGGUUGCUCCUCACCAACAAAAAAUUACAGCCUUGAAGCAGGAUGUUGAUGAUCUUCUAGAGUAUAUCGAUGAAAUCUGAAUAGCAUCUUUAUAACUUAGUUCCUGCAACUGAUAAUCGUAGCAGCGCAGACGUGGGCUUUGUUUGUGUUAGAUUGCUGAUCUUAUGCGAUAUACUUAUCCAAUUUUGUACUCUGAGUCUUUAAUGUAGGAAGAUUUAAUAUUAUAUGAAAGAUUCGGCUAUCUAUUGGCUAGGACCAUGGAUAAUAACAAAAAAUUGAUCAUAUGAUUAUUAUUGUGAAAAUUUGAAAAGCAUGCAUAACAACUUACUAA